AUGAAUGAAGAAGUAAAUCUCACCGAUAAGACUGAAAGUAGUCUAAACGAUAAUAGUAAUAUUGAAAGUAUCGAAUCAUAUGAAGCAAGUUUGUUCCAGUAUCCACGUUUAUUUUCAAGCAAAACUUUAGUAGAACUAUGUAAUUCCUCUUGGUCUCCUUCUAAUUGUGCUAGAAAUGAAGUUCAGCCUUAUUUACGUGGAUGUAAAUGGUCUCCAGACGGCACUUGUUGUUUGACAGUGGUAAAUAACGAUGGAGUGCAUGUCACAGAGCUUCCUAAAGAUCUCUACACUGGAUCCGUACAUCCUGAACGGACAAUUGACAUUUUAGAUUCAGUAAUUCAUGUUAAAGAGGCUGGACUAGUAUACGAUUUUUGUUGGUAUCCUGGGAUGAAUAGUCAUCUCCCUGAGAGCUGCUGCUGGAUCACAACUAAACAGAAUGCUCCAGUACAGAUGUGGGAUGCAUUUGAUGGUUCUCUGAGGUGUUCAUAUCGGGGUUUCAACGCUUUUGACGAGAUGGAACCGGCUAUGUCCGUCACAUUCACUACAGACGGUACAAAAAUAGUUGCAGGAUAUAAGAAGUUUCUACGUACUUUUGAUGUUGAAAGACCUGGGCGUGAUUUUGGAGAACACAAGAUAAAAUCAUCAGCAACUUGCCUAACCACCAUUACGAAUUUACUAGCUGUGGGUUCAUGGAAUACCUCUAUAAGUCUUUAUAAUAUGAGUCAAGAAGGAACUUAUAAAAGCAUUGGAAAAAUGCAUGGGCAUUCUGGUGGAGUAACACACAUAAAAUUUACACCAGAUGGACAAAAAUUGAUUUCUGGAGCUAGAAAAGAUCAUAGGCUACUUGUAUGGGAUAUUCGUUACUACAAGAGGCCCCUCAACAUCCUUAAAAGAACCGUAGACACAAAUCAAAGAAUUUAUUUUGAUAUUUCUCCUUGUGGUAAAUAUUUAGUUACUGGAGGUACAGAUGGUGUGGUCAAAGUAUGGGAUAUGGAUAAAGUUAGGUGGACUAGCAGUAUUGACAUAACUGAUGUUUCAAAGGAGAAUGCUUCUUACAGAUUUAUGUUACACACUGACUGUUGUAACAGUCUUUCAAUUCAUCCAUUGAGACCGAUCCUUGCCACUGGAUCAGGUCAAUAUCAUUUUAAUGACCCUAUAUCAGUAAUUGAAGAUUCAGAGAAGGAUAUAGAUGAUCUAACACAAGUUGAUCUAUCUAUGGAGGGAGAUUUAAAGUAUUCAACUAAUGCUGAAAAUAGUUUAGUGUUUUGGUGGAUUGGAGAUAUACCAAAUAUUACGUAGAUUAAGUGUUAUUCUAUAAAUUUUAAAAACAGUUA